GGAGGGGGAGGGGUUGUGUGGGGGAGAGAGUGAUCCUGCCUUCUUUUUUUCCGUUUAAAAACCUUGCUUCCAUGGAAACAAACGCUCCCUCACGUUUCACCCUUUGUAAUAACGACCAAUGUUGCAACAAGUUCAACUUUAUUGAUGUUGCCACGGUGCAUUCCGUUGUGGAUGGCCCGGAUCCUCGCGAUCACUGUGCCAAUGAACGAAACUUGCUGACCUGGUUGCGUACUGGCAUGGUACUUGCAUUAAUAGACGAUCCAGCAUCGAUCCAAGUUCAGGUUGUGUCGUACAUUUUCGUGGCACUUGGGCUUGCGAGUAUAUGCGUUGGGGUCAUGAUUUAUUUGAGAAACAUGAACCAGAUUUUGGAGCGUCGGAUUGCUGUGGGACAUGGAUGGACGGGGUAUACUAUGGUAUUACUGAUCGUGCUAUUCGUACUCUUUGUCAUGGCUGCUGCAUUGACCAUCUAGGCCUUCUUUUGUUGAUCAAACAUGCCCCAAUACACCCCCUCACUACUGCUACUGCUUCUCUUACUGUAACCGCUUGUUUUACCUUUGGGAUCCUUUUGCAACACCUCGU